AUGUCAAAGCCAAAGCUGCUCAGGCUGCGGCUGGCUCGGCCACCGCCGAGGACGAUAGCCUACGAUGUUCCCUUCAAGAUCAGUCUGACUCUCACAAAUGAUCUGGGCGAUCUCAAGCCAGUCCCCCAUGACCAGAAAGUUGUCUUGACGCUUCUGGACGCUCAAAGUUCCCAUAGUGCUUCGUAUGCCACCUUGGCAUCACCGGCUGGCCUUGCAUCAGACUCCAAAGGACUGGUAGUGACGCUCAGGGCGAAUGCUGGCUCUUUCCACUCUUUCGACUUGUUCAUCACUCGCAUAGGCCGAAACAUCCCUUCCAAUGGUCUGGUCAGACUGGAUGUACGAGCUCUAGUAGAGGAGGCCCCGAAGAGAGUAUGUAGCGAGGAGACAGAAAGGUUGCUCGCUUUCACUGGACAUUCUGCGGGCGAUCUCCUGGCUCAGGAUGAAGGAGAGGCAGUCUGGCUGGGCGACACUACCGGCUCAGUAAGUCUGAGCAAAUCUGCAAAGUCCCACUCGCCAGAGAAAGUCCAAGAGUGUUUCAAAGACUUUUAUCCGGCUCAGCUGACGCAGCUACGGUCCCAGAAGAUUGCACAAGAGCCGCUGAGAAUUAUCGAAUUGCCUGCUCAGACGCUCGGCGCGCACGUAUGGAAUGCUUCCAUCAUUCUAUCAGCAUAUCUUCUCACUUCGACAUCUUGGCAUCCCUCUGGCUCGGGCUGCAUCGUCGAGCUGGGCGCGGGAUGCGGGCUUGUUGGCUUAUGUGCACAUCGAGCACUGACGCCCAAACCAAGCAGAGUCCAUCUGACCGAUUUGCCUGCUGUUCUGUCUGACGCUACUGCGCCCAAUGUCGACCUUUACCUUUCAAAGGAUAAAAAGGCGUCCAUCGAGGCGUCCGAGCUACAGUGGGGCAUAGAGACCACGCGAGCAUGGACACAGAGGAACCUGGUUCAUGGGUCAAAUGUGUCUCUGCUAGCUGCCGAUGUGCUCUACAACACCAGUUCUUACGAAGCUUUUAUCGACACGAUCUCGGUCUUCUUCGGUACUUGCAAGUCUUGUAGCCUCAUUCUCGCAUUUCGAGAAAGAGCGAGUACCGACAAAAGUUUCUUUGAUCUCUGCGCUGCGCAAGCCAUCGAGAGUCAACAAUUGCACGGACCUAUGACCAGCUGGGGCCCCAUACAACUCUACAAGCUUUCGCCGCAAAACCGCAAUAAGCCAUGA